UAAUGCUUUCCUUUGAAGAACUACUACAGAAAUGCUAAUUGUAAUGUAAGACAGCAGCACGGUUUCAUCGGAAAUAGAAUAUAACGAUUGGUAAAGAGCUGCCCUAAGAGAAAAUCGAAAAUAUGAAGGGAAUUCAAAGUUUGUUGUCUCCAAUUUAAUGAGAGACGAGUCGAAAACUAUCGUACACAAGUUACAAUUUGUCAAACUCUUGUUAAAUGGCUGGAGAAGUUAUAGUCGACGCGUUACCAUACAUUGACCAAGGAUACGAUGAACCAGGAGUCAGAGAAGCGGCUUUGGCAAUGGUCGAGGAAGAAACGCGGCGUUAUAGACCGACGAAAAAUUACUUGGAACACUUACCACCACUAAAUAUUAAUGCUUUCGAAACUGAAGUAAUGAAACACGAAUUCGAACGAAUGCAGAAUCGUUUACCUAUGGAGGUACUCAGUAUGAAACGUUAUGAAUUGCCUCCACCACCUCCAGGUAAAAUGAAUGAUCUGUCUGCUUGGAAUGAAAGCGUCGAGAACAGUAGUGCACAAUUAGAGCAUCAGGCUACGAGAAUCUGUAAUCUCGAACUGAUGAUGGAAUAUGGUUGCGAGGCAUGGAAAUCUUAUUUGGAAGUACUGGUACAAUUGGUAAACCAAGCUCAGAAACAGUUGCAAGGCUUAAGAAAAAAGAUUCAAGAGGUCAACUGGCAAAGGAAAUCGAUGCAAACCCAAGGAGGAGAGAAGCUGAGAGCAUUGGAAGCACAGUGGGUGGGAUUGGUAUCAAAGAAUUAUGAGAUUGAACAGGCUUGUGUUCACUUAGAAGAAGAAAUACAAAAGUCAGUGCUGAACAAGGGUGAGGCUGUAGAAAUCAGUGAUGUGCCGGGAGAAGAAGAGCCCGAUGUCCCAGGGAAAAGUGCAACCGAGGUUAUGGCAUCAGAAAUGGAUCAUCAAGAGCAAGAAAAUCAAGAACCUUAAAAAUAUGUGUAAAUAAAAUAUUGUAUGAAACUGUGAAUGAUUGUGUCUUGUAUGUUUAUGAAAAUAUGAAUAAAUAUGUUAAUUUUAUUUAAAACCAA